GCUCCAUCAAAUGGGAUUACAUUUUCUGAUAGUUUUCCACACUGCUCUAACUUCUGACCUACAGACGGUUAUUAAUAGCGGGGUAGUGGAAUUACUAGUAAGCUACCUGAUAGAUUGACGAGUGACCUUUAAAAUAGAAUUUUAAUUUCAAGAGUGAAUUAUCACACCCUGUUUUUGGCUCUGGAAGAUAGUCGUGAGUUGCAUUCGAAACAUUUACACCAUGGCAAACGCCUGUUUGCAGUUAAGCGGUUUUAUGGUUAGCUGCAUUGGAUGGAUUGGAAUCAUAAUCGCCACAGCCACAAACGACUGGGUGGUGACUUGUAAAUAUGGAAUGAAUACCUGCAAAAAGAUGGAUGAGUUGGGGGCUAAAGGUUUAUGGGCAGACUGUGUGAUUUCUACUGCGCUGUAUCACUGCGUCUCUUUAACCCAGAUUUUGGAUUUACCAGCUUAUAUUCAGACGUCUCGUGCCCUGAUGAUCACUGCAUCGAUCCUCGGUUUGCCCGCCGUGGCGCUCGUGUUGUGCUCAAUGCCGUGCAUCAACUUGGGAAAUGAGCCGGAGAGCGCUAAAAAUAAACGGUCUGUGCUCGGCGGGAUACUCAUCCUGAUAAUAGCCAUGUGUGGGAUUGUCUCAACUGUGUGGUUUCCAAUCGGUGUCCAUCGCGAGCAAGGUCUCAUGUCCUUUGGCUUCUCCCUCUACGCCGGUUGGGUGGGCGCUGCCUUCUGUUUUCUGGGGGGCUGCCUGAUCACCUGCUGCAGCAUGGAAAGCCCCGCCCCGUACGCCGACAACAACCGUUUCUACUACUCCAAACAGGGACCCAACACCAUUCCACCCUCCACCAAUCAUGCCAAAAGUGCUCAUGUGUGAACGGGCCUUGCAACACAUUACCGAGGACUGGAAAGACCCUAUGUGCCUCAUUGUUCCUUCUCUGUCGCGAUUACCACUGAAAUGCCCGGUCACCAUGGGGCAAUUGGACGCUUAUUUGGCAAGGAGGGACUUUUUGUGUGAUAGACUAGAGCGCUUUCUCAUGUCAGGUGCUUGUGUGGCAGAGCGAGGCAGAGACUCAACCUGAUGUUACAUAACAAACCCCAGCUCCCUGCCAGCACAAGUGCAGCACUGCUGUCCACAGUGAACAAAGGGGACAUGAUUUUAAAGAUGUUUUAUUUUAUUUGUGGUUAUGCUUUAUGCAAAUUGCAAAAAUGUUCCUUUACCUUUAGCUACCAGAAUACGGAAGCCCAGUGGUGUGACUGCAAGAUACUUUUUUGUGCAUAGAGAUAAUGUAUGCUUGUUUUCCUAAAGUGUAUGCUCAUUUACUAAAUUGUACACUCAUUUUACUAAAUUCUGUUUUCAUUUUACAUGAGUAAAACUCAUUUUACAUUGUGCGCUCAAUUUCGUAAAUCCUGUGCUCGUUUUCUAUAUAGUGCACUCAUUUUACUAAAUUGUGGACUCCUUUGCUAAAUUGUGUGCUCAUUUUACUAAAUUGUGUCUCAUUCAAAUUUGUGGCAGGAUUUAAUAAAACGAGUGCACUAUGUAGUAAAGCGAGUGCACAAUAUACUAAAUUGUGCGCACAAUCUAGGAAAAUGAGAGCACAAUUUAGUAAAACAAACACAUAAUUUAGUAAAACAAGCGUUCUCUCGAUAUACAAAAAUAUAUUGCACUGACACCAACGACACAGGCUCUGUAAAGGAAGUAGCAUUAUUGUUAUAGUCUGCAUUUUAAAUAAAUGAAAAGUCAAAAUAAAACUAACACAAAUCAUUUGAAAUGUAAGCUAGUUUCCACUUAAAUGGGGAACAGAAUAGGCUACUUACCUGUCUUUUGAACCAAGAUGAAUGGUGAAUAGACAUAUGUAACCUCUUUAACAUUUUCUAUUAUAUCUACACCAAAGUAGUUUGUGAUUUUCUUUAUUUAUUGCAACAUUUGUAUCAAUUUGUAUUUUUUUAUUUUUAAUAAACAAUGUCUUUCACACUCA